CAGUCUUCUGACAUGACACUGUCCACAAUGUCCGCUUUCGAGGCAACAACUGCGGUGCCUAUGACCUGCGAUUCUAUUGCCACAAUCUGUUCAGGUACAGACUGUGUUGUUCCUCCCAGUAAUUUCAAUGAAAUACUCGGCCUGGUGUUGAGCUCAGUGCUCACCGUCAUGCUGGCUAUGGUCAUGUUCUCCAUGGGCUGCACCGUGGAUGCAACGAAGCUCUGGGGCCACAUCAAGAAACCCUGGGGCAUCAGCAUCGGCUUCCUCUGCCAGUUUGGCAUCAUGCCGUUCACAGCCUUUGCCUUAUCACUUGCCUUCAAUGUGCUGCCUGUGCAGGCUGUUGUCAUCAUCAUUAUGGGCUGCUGUCCUGGAGGCUCCGGCUCUAAUAUUAUCUGCUACUGGCUGGAUGGAGACAUGGACCUAAGUAUCAGUAUGACAGCCUGUUCCUCUAUCCUGGCCUUGGGGAUGAUGCCUCUCUGUCUACUCAUUUACACCGCCACCUGGACUUCCGCCGACACCAUCCAGAUCCCAUAUGACAGUAUUGGUAUCACUCUUGUGUCCCUUCUUAUCCCAAUUACUGUGGGAAUUUAUGUUAAACGCAGGUGGCCCCUCGUGGCUAAAAAGAUCCUCAAGGUUGGGUCCAUUGCAGGCUUUGGUCUCAUUAUCAUCAUAGCUGUGGUUGGAGGAAUUCUCUACCAGUCCUCCUGGACUAUCGCCCCCUCCCUUUGGAUUAUUGGAACUAUCUACCCCUUCAUUGGUUUCGGCCUGGGGUUCUUCAUGGCCCGCUUUGUGGGCCAACCUUGGCACAGGUGUCGAACCAUCGCACUGGAGACGGGUUUCCAGAACUCCCAGUUGUGCAGCACCAUCGUCCAGCUGUCCUUCAGCCCUGCUGAGCUGGAGGUCAUGUUUGCCUUCCCCCUCAUCUACAGUAUCUUCCAGCUAGUGGUGGCAAUCAUGGCUGUGGGAGCUUACCAAGUCUAUAAAAAGCAUUGUGGUGGUGGUUCAUCUGAGGAAGACAGUGAGUCUCCAUCGCUAGAAGAUAGUGACGCUGCACGUGCAAAAGAGAAGGACUAUGCAGUGGAAAAUAGUGCCUUUGAAUUUGAUGAGAAUGGCAACAGUGAAGGGAAGAAUAAGCAUUUUGACAGCAACACCCAGCUGUGAGGUUACAGCCCUGCAAAUAAAAGACUUUUGACUAUCAAUAUGAACCAUAGACUGUAUAUAAAUAUAUAUAUAAUAAAUCUUUAUAUACAGUCUAUGGUAUGAACAUCAAGGGCCACAGCACCAAUGAAGACAGCACUGCACUCUGCAGGCCGGAGGUGUGCAUUACAGGUCCUGAUCUACUGCCAACUUACUGAAGGUUUCGCAAGAGCAGGGGGUUCCCAAAUGUCUCCCCUAGUUUUAUAUAAUUAUUUAAUACAACUUGAUCCAUGCAUUUAUUUUCUUAAAGUGCCCUCUACAUGUUAUAUCAAGAAUUCAAACUGGAUGUCGAAUAUUAUUUAUGUGUAUUUCCAAAUGCAGAUGUUUUCCGUGCUCAACAGACGAAUGAAUGGAAAACUGAAUGUUAGAAGUUUUUGUCACUGAUUUUCCAAUUUCAAAGAGAUGCAAUAUUAUUAUCCUAACUCUUUGACAUGGAUCUAUCCCAUCGGUCAAAAACAGCAAACAGUAAUGACACAUGAAGUUAAAAAUGGUCAAUAUAACCUCUGUCCACUCAAAGUUUUGUCAGAUAAGAGAAACUGUUUGCACCCCUGAAGUAAUGUUUCACAGGCUGUGAGUUAUCAAAGCCACUGGUCACAGAGUAUAAUGUGUUUAUUGUAAAACUUUUUUUUUUUUUAAUCCAUAUUCUCUAUUCUCAUGUAGUUUUUUAAGGAUCAGCUUUGGCAUUUGGGCCCUGAGUUAGAAGAUACAAACUUCUGCUGUGUGUUCUCUGCUCCUGCAGUUCUUCAUUUCACUGUAUACCUCAUAUAUAAUAGCAAAUAAAUAGAAGAGUCUCUGAGGCUCGUGAAUCGCUCAGUUUUACUCAGCACAGCUGAUUCUUAGCAUUUUGAAAGGUGUAGGUUUGUGGUUUUACAUAUCUGUCCAAACUGAAGAAAAAGGGAUAAAAUCCCUGAAUAUUUAUGAUACAUAUUCACACUUUAACUAAUUUAUUGGUCCACUGUACUGUGCACAUGUGACAACUACAGAAUGCAAUGUUCAACUUAUUUACUGUAUUUUAAUAAAUUAAAUGCAUAUUGUAUAAUAACUGAUUGCAAUUCUACUCAUUUACUUUCAGUCUCUUGAAAGCUUGCAUUUCCUUGACUUUUCAAAUAUUUUACAAAACCUCUGCUUUCCUAUUCAGUUUUAGAAAUGUGCCUUCUGAAAUAAUGUAUU